AUGGUAAAAGAAACAAUCAGAAAAAAGGACACGAAAACACGUCCCAAGAAUGACUCGCGCCUCAAUAGUGACCUCGAUGCCGCUGCUCAACGACCCCAGUCGGACGUGGAUCGCAUAGACCACAUUCAUAAAUCUCUCAAGUCCUUAGGUGCUCCGGAUAUCAGCCGAGAAGAUCUGACCCGACUUUACAAAGGACAGUUUGCGGAUGCCCUGGGAUUUCUGGCCGAUCACGUCAGGGGGCGUGCGGAGGUGGAUGCUGCGAGAUCUGCCAUUCACCAAGCGCGUCAAAGUGAAACCAGAAGAAGGCUUGUAUACGACUCGACCAAUCAAUCACUCUUCCUCAGAGCAAAAGCUGCAGACUCGAGGCUACGAGAUGCUCGGAACGAGUUCGAUCUUGCCCAAGGCGCCCUGACCGAGCGUCUCGAUUCAUUCUCCACUUCUCAAGCAGAAGCUGAUGAUCUGCAAGCUACGUUGGAUGAGCGGCGCCUGUCAAGCCUUCUUUUACAGGUCCUGGAGAAAAAGGAGGCUAUCCGAUCCGCCAGAAUCUCCCAGCUAAGUGAUCAUAUGGAAGAGCUGCGCAGGAAGAGCUCCGAAGCGCAGCCGAUUGCUAGCUCCGGAGACGUGGAUCACACCACACUCCCUCGACUGUCAGAGCGCAAGCUCCGUGUUGAAAACACAGUCGAUACUAUAGCUGCGCUGCGAGCAUAUCACGUCAAGCUCUCAUCGGCUGCAAGAGAGGUGUAUCCACAGCAGACUGAGAGCCGUCUUCGCCAAGCCAUCGCAGCGGCGUUGGAUCUCCCAGAAGAUGACGAUCGGGUGAUAAGUGCAUACGAGGGUUGCCGACGACUUGCACGCAGUCGUGCAGAAGAUAACCUGCAAUAUGGUUCCCCGCUCCCGUCAGAACCCUCGCAGGUUCCGUCCGACUCUGAUUUGAAUAAUAUCCAUUCCCGAGUUGCAGAGAAGGAAACGGCAAUGCAGCGUCUUUUUGACCACACCGUCGCUCUCAUGUUGUCUUGCGAACAAUUGCUCCAAUCCCUCUCCAUUUUUUCUGAUGUCACAGCUCCAGCCUUGCGCGGUUCCCUCCUAGAAGAGGCGGCAAAAUGCGAUGGCUACGUCGACAUCCUCCGGCGGGAAAUCGUGCACCGCGAGGGCCUUGACCUAAAGAGUGCUCCGUUUCGAAUGCGAGACAAGGGGAAGUCACCCACUCAGACGUUGACUGAUGCGCAGAACACCAUCGAGCGAACUCAUGAAAGACAAGCGUUCUUGAGAAGCGCAGUCCUUCUUGAUCCCGCCGCUAUUUCAAGCAGAGCAAAUGCAGACGUCGCUCAGCUCAUUGAAAAACAGAACGAGGCGAGCGCAAGGGUCACGAAGCUGCUUUCGCGGAAGCUCCAGAAGGCACAAGCGGUUGAUGUCCUCAAAUGUGAUAUCGACCGCAUCACUGUAGAGACCGAGAUCGUCGGCGCCCUUGUAGGCCUUAGCGGAAGAGCCGGUUAG